CUGCUCUCAAGCCAGGUGUCUCCCAUCCUGUAUUUGUGCCUUUCAUUUUUUUUGCCCAAGUGUAGUACUUUACAUUUCUCCUUGUUAAAAUUCAUCUUGUUUGCUUUGGCCCAGUUUUCUAAUCUGUUAAGGUCAUUCUGAAGUGUGAUCCUGUCCUCUGGGGUAUUACCGGUAGCCACCCCUCCCAAUUUAGUGCCACCUGCAAACUUGCUCAGGAUGCCCUCAAGCCCAUCAUCCAAGUCAUUGAUAAAGAUGUUGAAUAAGACUGGGCCCAAGACAGAACCCUGUGGCACCCCACUAGUCACCUCUCUCCAGGAUGAAGAGGAGCUAUUGAUGAGCACCCUUUGGGUUCGGUCAGUCAGCCAGUUUCAAAUCCACUGAAUGGUAGCAUUGUUCUAAUAAUAUUGAAUAGAUUUCAGUUGCUAAGAACUUUCCACAACCAUAAGCGGAAUGUUUGAGAAAGUGAUGUUAGGGCUCCCUUCCCUUUUCUAUCUCUCAACACAGCAUCGUAGCCACUUUUAAAAUCUCCUGAUGUUGGCAAUAGUGAAGAAAAUCCAAUAGAAUAAAUCAAUGUUCUUAAAAUUAUUUUAAAUUUAGUUUAGUCAAUGUUCUUCUUCUUUUUGUCUUGAUUUUUGGCCAGAAGAUGCCUUUUUAGUAAGCACACAGUUGUAAAUCUGUUAGUAUGGACGUCUUCAAAGUCUGAAAAAUCCAAAAUUACUUUCACAUAAAUAAAAUAGCUUCCAGAGAGCCAAUCUUAUUUUUUUCCUAGAAAACAAUUAUAAUAUUAUUUCAUCGACUAGCAUUGUAUUCUUUCUCAGAUAUAUCCUGCAUUUUAAGUCAAGUUCGAUCUCACCAUCAGAUAAGGUCCGGCUCAGAUUAAGUUCAAGUACUUUUUAAAAGUACUUGAUUGGUAUAAGCAAAGGCUAUGUGUAUUCUUUCGGUACUUUUGUAUCUGAAGAAGUGUGCAUGCACACGGAAGCUCAUACCAUUGAAAAACUUAGUUGGUCUCUAAGGUGCUACUGUGGAAGGAAUUUUUUUUAAAAGAAACUUUUGGUUCUAAUUAUUCAUUACUUUACUUAUCUUACAAAAUAAAUUUCAUCCACACUUCACUUGCAGUUGUUUCGUGGCUAUAGCACCCUUAAUGGGAGCAGACUUAUUUUUUCAUUCCCAUUUUCUUGCCGAAUUAAUCAAUUUAGUCUAUUCCUUAAUUUUUCCUCACCUUCCAAUCGGCACAGUGUCUGGAAUGGUGGCCGCUUGUGGCUGGAUUCAGAGGCUUUGCUUCCGUAGAGCUGCGCUGGUGCCUAGCUCACCGGCUCCCCCCCCCCCGUUCCUUUCGGGACAGAGGCAGAGAUCAAUAGAUCCGCAGCGCCGUCAGUGAGUCUGCAGGACCCCAAGACAUUCCAAUGCUCCUCUUGGGGUUUUGGGGGGCGGCGGGGUGCCCUUGCACUCUUCCCCUCACUCUGUGAAGCUGAAUCUGACACAGCCAUCAGAUUCCCAUUCCAAUAGUAUCUCUUAGAUUUAGGAGGUUGGAUGAGGAACAAUAGGGCCCGGGGGUGGAGGAUUAGUAUGCAGAGGAUGAAAUAUGCCACUAGAAACUGAAGCAGACAAGUAGAAGACAUGUUCAUGGACAUUGCUGCAUUGCAGGGGGUUGGACUAGAUGGCCCUAGUGUCCCUUCCAACUCUCCAGUUCUAUGGUUCUAUGACAGGGGGAGGACAUGGGAGAAUGUAUGAGAUGUUAAAAUAGGAGAGGUGCUUACUGAACUUUCUGUGUUUCAUAUUCCUUUGUUCUCUUCCUUCAAACACAAACAGGACUUUAUUUUCCACUCACUCCGAAGGAAGCGGUGGGGAAGACAAUCAGAAUUCCGGGAGACUGAUAUUUGCUUAGGAUUAACAAAGAAACCAUUUACAUGCAUGGAAUGCAGCAAGUGAUUCAGUCAAUGAACACACGAACUUCACAUCAAUGAACUCAAAGAGUGGAUAAACCAUUUCAGGCUAUGGAGCGUGGAAAAAGCUUCAGUGAUAGUGAAACACCUAGAAAACAUCAGCAGACUAACACAGGGGAGAAACCAUUUAAAUGUAUGGAGUGUGGAAAUAGCUUCGCUCAGAGUGCACACCUUAGGACACAUCAAAGGACUCACACAGGAAAGAAGCCAUUCAAAUGUAUGAAGUGUGGAAAGAGCUUCAGUCAGAGUGCACACCUUAGAACACAUCAAGGGAUUCACACAGGAGAGAAACCAUUUAAAUGUAUGGAGUGUGGAAAGAGCUUCAGUCAGAGUGCACACCUUAGGACACAUAAACGGACUCACACAGGGGAGAAACCAUAUAAAUGUAUAGAGUGCGGCAAGAGCUUCAGUGACAGUGGAGCACUUAGAAAACAUCAAUCGAUACACACAGGGGAGAAACCAUAUAAAUGUAUGGAGUGCGAAAAGAGCUUCAGUGAGAGUGGAGCACUUAAAAAACAUCAACGGAUACACACAGGGGAGAAACCAUAUAAAUGUUCAGAGUGCAAAAAGAGCUUCAGUGACAGUAGAAGACUGAGAAAUCAUCAACGGAUUCACACAGGGGAGAAACCAUAUAAAUGUAUGGAGUGUGGAAAGAGCUUCACUGAGAGUCCACACCUUAGAAUUCAUCAACGGAUUCACACAGGGGAGAAACCAUAUAAAUGUAUGGAGUGCGAAAAGAGCUUCAGUGACAGUGGAACACUUAGAAAACAUCAACAGAUUCACAGAGGGGAGAAACCAUAUAAAUGUAUGGAGUGCGAAAAGAGCUUCAGCCGGUCAGCACACCUUCAUAUACAUCAACGGAUUCACACAGGGGAGAAACCAUAUAAAUGUAUGGAGUGCGAAAAGAGCUUCAGUGACAGUGGAGCACUUAGAAAACAUCAACGGAUUCACACAGGGGAGAAACCAUAUAAAUGUAUGGAGUGCGAAAAGAGCUUCAGAGACAGUGGAGCACUUAGAAAACAUCAACGGAUUCACACAGGGGAGAAACCAUAUAAAUGUAUGGAGUGUGAAAAGAGCUUCAGAGACAGUGGAGCACUUAGAAAACAUCAACAGAUUCACACAGGGGAGAAACCAUAUAAAUGUAUGGAGUGUGAAAAGAGCUUCAGUGAGAGUGGAGCACUUAGAAAACAUCAACGGACUCACACAGGGGAGAAACCAUAUAAUUGUAUGGAGUGUGGAAAGAGCUUCAGCCAGUCAGCAUACCUUCAUAUACAUCAGCGAACUCACACAGGGGAGAAACCAUAUAAAUGUAUGGAGUGUGGAAAGAGCUUCAGUGACAGUGGAACACUUAGAAAACAUCAACGGAUUCACACAGGGGAGAAACCAUUUAAAUGUAUGGAGUGUGGAAAGAGCUUCACUGACAGUGUACAGCUUAGAAUUCAUCAACGGAGUCACACAGGAGAGAAACCAUUUAAAUGCAUGGAGUGUGGAAAGAGCUACAGUCAGAGUGGAAAACUGAGAAUUCAUCAACGGAUUCACACGGGGGAAAAACCAUUUAAAUGUAUGGAGUGUGAAAAGAGCUUCAGUGACAGUGGAGCGCUUAGAAUUCAUCAACGGAUUCACAGAGGGGAGAAACCAUAUAAAUGUAUGGAGUGUGGAAAGAGCUACAGUCAGAGUGGAAAACUGAGAAUUCAUCAACGGAUUCACACGGGGGAAGAAACCAUUUAAAUGUAUGGAAAACCCUUUAAAUGCAUGGAGUGUGGAAAGAGCUUCAGUCAGAGUGGAAACCUUAGAAACCAUCAACGGACUCACACAGGGGAGAAACCAUUUAAAUGCAAGGAGUGUGGAAAGAGCUUCAGUCAGAGUGGAACACUUAGAAUGCAUCAACGGACUCACACAGAGGAGAAACCCUUUAAAUGCAUGGAGUGUGGAAAGAGCUUCAGUCAGAGUGGAAACCUUAGAAACCAUCAACGGACUCACACAGGGGAGAAACCAUUUAAAUGUAUGGAGUGUGGAAAGAGCUUCAGACAGAGUGGAGACCUUAGUCACCAUCAACGGAGUCACACAGGGGAGAAACCAUUUAAAUGUAUGGAGUGUGGAAAGAGCUUCACUGACAGUGUACAGCUUAGAAUUCAUCAACGGAGUCACACAGGAGAGAAACCAUUUAAAUGCAUGGAGUGUGGAAAGAGCUACAGUCAGAGUGGAAAACUGAGAAUUCAUCAACGGAUUCACACGGGGGAGAAACCAUUUAAAUGCAUGGAGUGUGGAAGGAGCUUCACUGAUAGUGGACCACUUAGAAACCAUCAACGGAUUCACACAGGAGAGAAACCAUUUAAAUGCAUGGAGUGUGGAAAGAGCUUCACUGAAAGUGGAAAACUUAGAAUUCAUCAACGGAGUCACACAGGGGAGAAACCAUUUAAAUGUAUGGAGUGUGGAAAGAGCUUCAGUCAGAGUGGACACCUUAGUCACCAUCAACGGAGUCACACAGGGGAGAAACCAUUUAAAUGUAUGGAGUGUGGAAAGAGCUUCACUGACAGUGUACAGCUUAGAAUUCAUCAACGGAGUCACACAGGAGCGAAACCAUUUAAAUGCAUGGAGUGUGGAAAGAGCUUCAGUCACAGUGGAACACUUAGAAACCAUCAACGGAGUCACACAGGAGAGAAACCAUUUAAAUGCAUGGAGUGUGGAAAGAGCUACAGUCAGAGUGGAACACUUAGAAACCAUCAACGGAUUCACACAGGAGAGAAACCAUUUAAAUGCAUGGAUUGUGGAAAGAGCUUCACUGAAAGUGGAACACUUAGAAUUCAUCAACGGAGUCACACAGGGGAGAAACCAUUUAAAUGUAUGGAGUGUGGAAAGAGCUUCAGUCAGAGUGGACACCUUAGACACCAUCAACGGAGUCACACGGGGAAACCAUUUAAAUGUAUGGAGUGUGGAAAGAGCUUCACUGACAGUGUACAGCUUAGAAUUCAUCAACGGAGUCACACAGGAGAGAAACCAUUUAAAUGUAUGGAGUGUGGAAAGAGCUUCAGUCAGAGUGGAACACUUAGAAUGCAUCAACGGAGUCACACAGGGGAGAAACCAUUUAAAUGCAUAGAAUGUGGAAAGAGCUUCAGUACGCGUGGAAACCUGAAUUCACAUAAUCAAACUCACACACAGGAUAAACCACUUAAAUGUAUGGAAUAUGGAAAGAGCUUUAUUGAAAGUGGAGCACUUAGAAAACAUCAAUAGA